AAAACCCGCGACUCUCCAAAAAUUAAAGCAAAUCUCAAUAACUAUUGUUGUUUGCAGGACAGGUCUGUUAUAGACGGAUCAUUUGUUCACGCUGGGAUCUUUUCAUCCCCCGGGAAUUCGAAUAGAACCAAUCAGAGCACACUACCAUCCCGGAAGCGCAUCGACUGAAGAAAAAAAAAGCGCCUGGAUUGAAUUUACGAUACCAGAAGAAAACAAGGUUCAAGUGAUCAGACAAAGGAAACCGCAAGGAACCGCCCCCCGUUACAAAGACGUCAGUCUGCAAAGACCCGGACGUGCGAUUCAUCCUGACGCGGUCUGCAUGAGUGAGCAACUCUCCACCCCAACGCCGAUGAGCGUCCACCUGAAACAGCCCGGCGGGCGGGACGCCCUGGAAGAGCAGCGAGCAUGCUGGGAGAGGAAGCGAAGGCGCGCGGGCCGGGAGCUGGUGGAGACGGAGCAGAGGUACAAUGAGCAGCUGGAGCUGGUCACUACGUACUUUGUUGAAAUUUUGAAAGCCAAGGGUACCCUGAGGCAGGAUAUAAGAGUCGCCAUCUUCAGCUCAAUUAAAUCUAUUCAUGCAGUAAACCAGUCUCUGCUGUCUCACCUGGAGGAUGGGAAGUUCGGGCCGGGGUUCGAAGAGUUCUGUCCACACCUGCAUCACUACACAGCCUAUGCAGACAACAUGGAGAACGCUGUCAAAGUCCUGCAGGUGCAGGUGAGCAAGAACAAGGCUUUCGCUCGCUUUAAGAGGCUGCAGGAGAGCCGGUCUGAGUUCAGGGGGUUGACAUUGGAGGAGCUGCUCCCUCUGCCACUACAGCGCAUUCACCAGUACAAGCAUUUCUUACGGGACAUGACGGAGAACACCACCCCGGACAGACCAGAGUUUCAGCAGCUUGCAAGGGCGGUAAAGGCAGUGUCCGGAGUGUCUCAGCACAUCCAGGACCGUGCUCACAGUCACCACAACCAACUGCACAUGCUGCGGGUGCAGAAGACCCUGAAAGGACGAAAGACCAAGGUUCUGGCUCCAGGCCGCUGGUACAUCAGGGAGGGCUGGCUCAGCGUUGUGGCCCCCAAGGGCGAGGAAGUCAAGCCCAAGAUGUUCUUCUUGUUUUCUGACGUGCUGCUCAUGACAAAACCCUGCCACCCGCUGCACCCCACCAACUCGGACAAGUUUGAGUGCCAGUCUCUGUACCCGCUGGGGGAGUGUAUCGUGGACAAAGUGUUCGGGCACACCAGAAGCCAGGGCGGCCUGAUCAGUUUAACCUUCGAGAGGGAGAAACUUCUGCUGAUGUCAAGUGACCAGGAGGACAUUAAUGACUGGUACCGGAGCCUGUCGUCUGCCACGAGGCAGUUGAAAUCCCGGAGCGCAGUGGUGCACAAGAAGGACCCCCUGACCCGGAGACCUCUGCGCCCCACUGAAGAGGCCUCCUGCUCGGGGAACGGGGAGACAGCUGCUGCCUCUGCUCCUGGAGCUCCAAGCGGUAGGAAGAGGAACCUGCCUCUUUGUUUGUGUUCCCAGGGAGAGGGAGAGGAGAGGGAACAUGCCGCUCACCCCGACUCCCAGCUCUCGCUUCCCGAGAGCCAAGCCGUCUCUUCAAAGAGAAUCCGCCUGGCAGAAAGCCCUCAGGAACCCCAGCCAACCGCUUCCAGCUGCACAAUCUUAUAAGCAGGGCUCCGGGAACGAGGAGGGGAUCCUGAACUCACUGCUGAUCGAGGGCCAGGGGCCACACAGGGCUAUGGGUUUUAACACAUACAGUGUGAUGCAAUGAAAAAUGAUUUUAAGUGUAUUAUUACUAUUUUAGUGCAAUCUUAUGAAUGUGUGUGUGUUUUUUUUUUUUUUUCUGAAAAUGUUUAUUUUUAUUCUUCGCAAGAAUGAACCCAUUUGGAAAUUGCAGUAAUAUCCAGAGCUUGGACUGGUAGAGACUGGCAAUCUCUUGAAACCAGUAUGACCAGUCAGUUUAAAGUCCAUUUCCUUACAUGCAUUUUUCUCUUAAAGGCAUCUAGAUUCUGUUUCCCCUUGCCAUGGUUUUAUUUACCAGCUGGAAUUGUGAACAGGUUUAAAUCUCAUUAUGAUUUUGACAUGUUCAGAUUUAUUUAAAGGGGGGUCCUUUCUAAAUGUUUGGGUCUUAAAUGCUUCUUAGGUUUAAUCCGUAACUUCGGAAAUAAUACGCUUUCAUUUUUUUUAUAUAUAUAUCAAUAUAAGCAUCAUGAAAAUGCUACAUUUUAUUACUUUAUACCGUCAGAAUUUGCAUAAGAUUCGUUAUAUGUUUAACAGCCCAUGCUAUUAAAAUGAUGCAUCAAUAUUUAUUCCCCUGUGAAACAGUGAGUUUGUUAAAGAUUUGCAAUGGAAAAUGUGACUGUUUCCAGGGGGAAGAUAUUACCGUUGCACACGUGAUCCUUUUUAUACUGGCUUUGUUGUAGAAAUGUCACCUUGCUCAGGCUUGCACAGAAGACCACCCCAAACAUAAACAUGCUGGUGACUUUAUUAAACAUGCCAGAUAUUCACAAGAACAGAGACCAUGAUGCACAACAAUUUAAGAACAUGAAACGCUCUGAUAACAAACACAGGACAAAAAAGUUAUUCUCAUUCAGGGGCUUGAACAUAUCCAAUUCUAGUCUAUUAAAUCCGACUGCAACUACUUGAUUUACUUGAACUGGCUUUUAAAAGUGCUUUUUUUUUUUAAGUGUAUAAAUCGAUGCUUCUAUUUUGUUGAUUUAACAAUGAAGUUGUUUCACUGAUUUUGUUUUAGCAGAUGUAAAAGCCAAACAGGUCUUCGUCUGAUGUAUAAAACUGGAUUUGUGGAACUUGUGUCUGUUUAACAUGGUUUAUUUAUACACUUUUAUAAAACAUAUGAAAGUAGACUUUAUUUAUUUAAAUGGUUUAAGGUUACAAGUUAUCACACACAUUGUAAACUAAAGAAAUGAAUAAGAAAAACAGGAAUCCUAAUUAUAUUGCACACCAGUAAUUAAUUGAUAAGUUCUAUUAAGCAUUUUAAAUCAUUAUCUUAUGCUCAUGCACAUGACUGUAUUAUGUUAGUUUAAUACAGUGUCUGAAUACAGUCUUACCUUUGUAAGUUCACAACGCAGUAACCAAGUAAAAGUGUCCUCUACAGACAGCUUAGCUCUAUAGUGGAGAUACCGGGAACAGACAGAAGUCUGUUAUCCAAAGGAGAUACAGAAUGUCAUUUUGUUUAUUUUACAUUUCUUUUUGCCAUGCAGUUAUUACAUGCGUAAGUAUUUUUUAAACAAACAAAUCUGUUACAAUACUCAAAUUUCACUGAUUUCUUUUUCAUAACUUAAUUAAAAAUAACUACUGAAGGAAAGUAAA